AUGGAGUUUGACCCAAUCUAUUCUGAUGCUACGGAGCUUGCCCAGUUAAUCCGGACACGCAAGAUAUCGCCCGUUACCGUCAUACAGGCCCACCUUGAUCGCAUCGCAACCACGAACCCCAAACUCAACGCAAUAGUCACAAUCAACGAGACAGCGCUUGAAGAGGCUAGAGCUGCUGAAGCUGCUCUCGAGUCUGGCUCCCAAAAAGUUGGCCCGCUUCACGGCGUGCCUUUUACGGUCAAAGACUCCAUCGACACGGCGAACAUACUCACACAGCGUGGCUCACCCAUCUUUCGCGGCCGGACGCCUGUGGAGGAUGCUGUGAGUGUUGCGCGCAUGAAGGCCGCUGGAGCGAUCAUACUUGCUAAGACGAACCUCCCUGAGUUUUCGUACUCGACUGAGAGCGACAAUCUUCUCACAGGCCGAACGAACAACCCUUGGAACUUGGACCGGACCCCAGGAGGCUCCAGCGGAGGUGAGUCUGCAGCAAUCGCAGCCGGCUUUUCUCCCAUAGGCCUCGGUACAGACCUCGCAAUCUCAGUGCGUGGUCCUGCAGCGCAGACUGGCAUAGUGUCACUCAAGCCAACACACGGCCGUGUGCCAAUGACCGGCGUGUGGCCACGUGAACCCCGACGCUUCUGGCAUGUUGGGCCUAUGGCACGUAGCGUCCGCGAUCUGAAGCUUGCGUUUUCGAUUCUUGCGGGUCCCGAUGGCCAGGACGCCUUUUCUACGAUUGGAGCCCGGCCUGACGCAGGUAUAGGCUCAUCUCCAGACCGACAACUUAGAGUCGGAUGGCUGACAGGACCUGGAUUCGGCCCUAUAGAUGGCGAAGUUCGGGCCACGGUUCAAGAAGCCGCAAAAGCACUCGAGUCUGCCGGUUGCGCCGUAGAGCCAGUCACAAUUGCGGCUCUUGAACGUGACUUUGCGCUUGACGUAUUUCUCCGUCUCCACGUCAAUGAGAUGAAGCCCGCGUUCGCAAAAGCUACAGCUGCGCAGCCAGAGGAGAGAAUUUUCAAAAUAUCUCGCAAUAUGCUCAGCACUCCCGAGACAUCAAUGGCUGAUUUCAUUGAUGCCGAACAGGCCGCAGACCGACUCAGGGAUGGCUUCGCACAGUACUUCGAGCGCUACGAUGCACUACUUUGUCCCGUUCUACCCAUUCCUGCUCACGAGCAUGGAGCGGAUAAGCUGACUAUCGAUGGGCAGACCGUGGACCCAACGUAUGUCAUGGCAGCGACCGUUCCGUUCAAUGUAACCGGCCUUCCAGCGUUGUCAAUACGGUUCGGCACAAGUCAGGAAGGUCUACCAAUCAAUGUGCAGCUUGUUAGUAGUUGGUAUGCUGAGUCAACGAUCCUGCAUCUUGCAUCGAUAAUGGAGAAUUUGAGCCCUGUGAAGGGCUUGCGUCCAGAUAUCUAG